AUGCCUCCAUCUCCUUUAGACGACAGGGUAGUAGUGGCACUUUCGAGGCCGGUGAGACCUCAGGAUCUCAACCUUUGUUUAGACUCUAGUUAUCUUGAAUCUGCCUCUUCUGCCGGUGGGAGCAACUCCAGUCUGCUCAGCACAGCUAUCGUGUCCCUAAAGACUGCUAAUCUCACGUAUAUGCCCUCAUCUAACAGCUCUGCACGCUCCCUGAGUUGUGGAUGCAGCAGUGCCAGUUGCUGCACUGUGGCAACGUACGACAAGGACACUCAGGCCCAAACUCAAGUGAGCACCAGCAGCACCAUCGCCGGAGCCUCCACCACCUGCCCUGCCAACCAAAUGGUCAACAGCAAUGAGAACGCUGGCAGCUUGAGCCCGCUGGGUGGAGUGGGGAGUCCAGUCUCAGGCACCCCCAAGCAACUCGCUAGCAUCAAAAUCAUUUACCCCAAUGAUCUGGCAAAGAAGAUGACCAAAUGCAGUAAGAGCCACCAACAGAAUCAAGGGCCUGUCAUCAUUGACUGCAGGCCGUUCAUGGAGUAUAAUAAGAGCCACAUUCAAGGGGCUGUCCACAUUAACUGUUCUGACAAGAUCAGCCGGAGAAGGCUCCAGCAGGGCAAGAUCACGGUCUUGGACUUGAUCUCCUGCCGUGAAGGCAAGGACUCCUUCAAGAGAAUCUUUUCCAAAGAAAUCGUAGUUUAUGAUGAGAAUACCAAUGAGCCAAGCAGAGUAAUGCCUUCCCAGCCACUCCACAUAGUGUUGGAGUCACUCAAGCGAGAAGGCAAGGAACCUCUAGUCCUAAAAGGAGGACUCAGCGGUUUCAAGCAGAACCAUGAAAACCUCUGCGAUAACUCCCUCCAGCUGCAAGAGUGCCCAGAGGGGGGAGGAGGGGGCGGCGCCUCCGCUGUGCCCCCCACGCUACCUCAGUCCAUCCCCACCACGCCGGACAUCGAGAACGCUGAGCUCACCCCCAUCCUGCCCUUCCUCUUCCUCGGGAACGAGCACGAUGCUCAGGACUUGGAGAAAAUGCAGAGGAUGAACAUUGGCUACGUCAUCAACGUCACCACUCACCUGCCCCUCUACCACUACGAGAAGGGAAUGUUCAACUACAAGCGGCUCCCCGCCACUGACAGCAACAAGCAGAAUCUCAGGCAGUAUUUCGAAGAGGCUUUUGAGUUCAUUGAGGAAGCUCAUCAGUGUGGAAAAGGUCUCCUCAUCCACUGCCAGGCCGGUGUGUCCCGCUCUGCCACCAUCGUUAUCGCCUACUUAAUGAAGCACACGCGCAUGACCAUGACGGAUGCCUACAAAUUUGUGAAAGGCAAACGACCAAUCAUUUCCCCUAACCUUAACUUUAUGGGGCAGUUAUUGGAGUUCGAGGAGGAUCUGAACAACGGCGUCACCCCACGGAUCCUCACACCAAAGCUGAUCGGCGUAGAGACUGUGGUGUGA